UUUCCAAAAAAAGCGAAAAAACUUCUGAAAAAUAUUUUUGCUAAAUAAGCUCACUCCUUAGUACAUUUGAUAAACAAAUUUGUUAUUUAUAUAUAUUCAUUUGUUCGUUUUAUCGUCGGAGUAAGAUAUAACAUCAGACUCGGAUCUGGUAGUAAGUUUUAAGAAAAUACAAUUAAAAAAAUAUAUUUUAAAUAAAAUUCGGAAAAAACUUAACAGAGUCGUGGCUAAGUUUUUCAGUGUAUCAAAGUAAUAUGAGAAUAAUAUGCUCACUGCUAAAGCCUAACAGGAAAUAAAUAUUUAUCUACUGAGCCAAGAUGAGUUCCGAUUCUGAAGACGAACCACUUUCGGUACUAGCAGCAAAAAGGAGAGCUCACCCUGAGACCAAAGAAUUGAUACUGCCGGAAGCGAUUGUCAUAGAAACGAGAAAGAGAAAGAAGAAAAAAUAUGUCAACACUAAAGGCCUAAGUAUUAGCAUUCAGCCAGCAAAACCGAUUAUCAUUGAGAGACCUGUAGAUGUUUGGCUGUAUUUAAAAGAUCUCAGUCCGGCAGGCCCUUAUAGCUGCUUAUUAUGUUCCUUUUGGUUCACAAAUCGCUCCAGACUUGUUGUUCAUUACAUUUUGAACCAUAAAAAGGAUUUCUGUGGAAUAUGCAGAUAUUUUGUCCCGAACCGAGAAUCAUGGACUUCUCACCUGCAGUUUCAUACUCCAUGGCCAUGUUCACAAUGUAUACAAAACUUUGCAACUGAAAAAUUACUAAGGGAUCACAUGAGCACUGCACAUAAUUUGGUGCACUGCCGAUUAUGCCAUUUCCGUGUUGCUGAUGAUGACCUUUAUAAUUCACAUUUAUUUCAAAAGCAUAAUAUUACAAAUACAUCAACAAAAUCGAGCGACAUUCUCUGGGAUAUUCAGUACAAAGGUGCUCCAAAGUUUGCUUGUCGUUUAUGCUCCAAACCCAACGUGUUAAGUCGUACCUUCUUUAAUCAUUAUAUGGGGUACCACCAUUUCACGCUUAAAUGCUUCACUCAAAUCAUAUCUGGUACUGAUCCCCCAUUUGAUGUAAACGGCGCGGACUUAAGUAGCGAGUUUGUGAGUAAUGAGUUGAGUACUAAAACUGCAGUAGGCUAUGUAGAUCUUGAUAAAGAAACUCAUUUAAAAAUAGCGAUACAAGAGAAGCCCCAGAUUUCAAUGGAUGUGAAAGAUGAAGUGGUGAGCGAUGAAGAUACUAAAUCAGAGGAAGUGAAUGCAAAAUGUGAAAAGGAAGAGAGUAUAGUAAAGAAUUACAAAGGAGAUGAAGACUUUGAUGUGACUCUUAUGGAGAUGAUAGUUUUGCAAAAAUGCUACUUAAACCACAUAGAUGAACUUUUAAAUGACAAAAAUGGUGUUACGAAGAAUUCGUAUAUUGCUUAUGACAAGGCAUUGGACGAAAUGGAAAACUUUGAAUGUGCAAUAUGUAAAUCAAUAAUGACUGAUGUCCUAGAUUAUUAUCACCACCUUACCAAAAUGCAUAUAACUAAAUGCACACCAUACUAUAUGUGUAGGGUUUGUUCUAACACAUUUGAAACGUUAUCUGAUUUGGAAAGUCACGUAAUGCAGGAAAUUGGUGAAUUUGAUGACCUGUGGAUAUGUCAAUUCUGCGACAAAGAAUUCGAAAAUCGUGUGAACACUAGGCGGCAUCUAGAAGAUCAUUUGCAAGAGAUGGAAUAUGAUAAUUGUUUCAGUCCUCAUUUGGGUUUUAAAUGCAGAUAUUGUCCAAUAUUGUUCUGGAAUGAGGGAGACAGAGAAACUCACCAGAUUAAAGUGCAUUUCAGUAUGCACAGAGACGAUUAUUAUAAAUGUGAAAGCUGUGAUAAGCUUUUCAGUGAUCAGGUUUGGUUCUUACAUCAUUACUUGUCGGAACACCAAGAAAGCAACAGUAAAACACCAACAUUCCUUUAUAAAUGCUGUUUGUGUUUAUUUUGCUUCCCGAGCAUUGAUGCUGUCCGCAGUCACUUCAGUGCUGAACAUCCGGAAGCGAGGAAGGUCUUCUGUUCGCUACCCCCUUGUAAAUAUAAACCACUGAGCCAAAGGAAGUCUUUUAAAAUUCACUUGAAGACCCUGCACUCUCCGAAGUCCCGCGGCGGGGGCUUAGUGGAAUGUCCCGUCUGCAGUCGAGAUUUCAAAAGUCAGAAAGCUUGCAACGCCCACAUCACGCAAAUGCAUGGCAUCGGCCGAUACAAGUGUAAGCUGUGCAAGGAAUCCCUUCAUUCUUCGGAUGAAAGGAAACUCCACUAUCUGAUCCGUCACCCGGGGCAGCACCCGUACACGUGCACGCAGUGCGGCAAGUCGUUCCAGUACAAGUCAUCAUUGUACAUGCACAAGCAGGAGCACAUGCCCAACAGACAGAACUUAACGUGCAAUUAUUGUAACAAGGUGUUCUUGAAGAAGGACUCGUUCCGCGAGCACCUACUGAUCCACGAGGGUCCGCAGCACGCCUGCUCCUACUGCCCGAUGCGGUUCGUGCAGCGCUCCAACAUGCUGCGCCACGAGCGGAGACACACCGGCGAGCGGCCCUACGCCUGUCCGCACUGCGAUCGGACCUUCGCGGACAAGGGAGCCUGCAACGCGCACGUCAGGUCGCAUUCCAGAGAGACUAUGUACGCUUGUAUGUACUGUGGUCAGACUUUUGUACAGAAAUCAAAACUAACGUACCACGUGAGGAAACACACGGGGGAAAAUCUAGAGACGUGUUCCGUGUGUUCGAAGUUGUUCACAAGCGUUUGCUCCCUACGCGAACACAUGAAGACGCACGAAGAAAAGACAUUCAACGUUAAAUGUCCUUUAUGUGACAAGAAAUACCAAGACGAGCGUUACAUGCUGCGUCACCUGCGAACGGCGCACACGCGGGCGCGCUUCCCGUGUCCGCUGUGCGGGAAGUGCCUCAGCAGCUCCGUCGGGCUGAGGCUGCACGUCAUCACGCACGCUGAACUCAGCAUGUUCCAUUGCAAGGUCUGCCCGAAAGGUUUCUCGGUGAAGAAGACGAUGAUGAAACAUCUCCGUCGACGUCACGGCCUCAAAGGGACCGAAUUGAACAUUACGGAUUAUUAUAACAAACUGGAUCCCAGAGACUGCAAGCUCGGCCUCGACGAGGAGGUGAUGACCAGCAUCUUCGGUCCGCCGAAGAGGAUCGUUAACGACGUCCUGGUCGGGGACUUUGUUACUGUGCACAACCAAAGGAUCUCGAAGGCCGCGCGUCAGGCCGAGACUUCCAAGUCUGAUGAAGAUGAUACCGAGGAAAACGAACCGACAGACAACGACGCGCCCGAACCGGAGGAGAGUGACCGCGAGAGCCAAGAGGAAGUGACCAAACAGCAUUUCGUCAGCAUCAAAAUGGAGAAAAUUGACAGCGACACGGAAAACACACAGAACACAGUCGAACUGGAGCCCACUGAUUUUGUCAGCGUCAAAAUCGAACCCCUAGAUUCGAUUGAGGAUAUCAACGAUUAAUGCGUUUCGAUUUGAAGGGCGGGGCAGCCGUUGUAACUAUACUAAGAACUUAUAUCUCAAGGUGGGUGGCGCAUGCACGGUGUA